GACCAGAAGAGCAAGGCGGACACGGGCAUGAGUGGCGCGUGCGGAGACCUCGGCGAAGCCCCCAAGAUGCGCGCACAGUGCAAGAGGAUGUGCAAGGGACACAUCAACAAGGUCAACAGUGUCCACUUCUCUGGUGACAGCAGACACUUGGUAUCGGGGUCCCUGGACGGCAAACUCAUCAUUUGGGACAUCUUCACCGGCAACAAGACCCAGAUUAUUCCACUCAGGUCAGCCUGGGUCAUGUCCGUGGCCUUCUCGCCUUCGGGAAACCUCGUCGCGAGCGGCGGAAUGGACAACCAGUGCACCGUGCAUGACAUCAACGACCGAGACUCAACCGGGGUCGCCAAAAUCGCCCGUGAGAUGCUUGGCUACGAGGGCUUCCUGUCGUCUAUGAGGUUCCUGGACGACGACAACCUCAUCACGGGAUCCGGUGACAUGAAAGUGAUCCACUGGGACGUCAAAACGGGCAAGAAGGUGCACGAGUACUUCGGGCACUCGGGCGACGUGGCCACCAUGAGUCUCUCGAGCGACCACAGCGUCUUCGCGACGGGCUCCGUGGACCGCACCAUCAAAGUGUGGGACCUCCGGGACCCCAAGACGUGCAAGCAGACCUUCUGGGGACACACCUCCGACGUCAACUCCGUCUACAUGCACCCCUCCAACAUGGCGAUCGCGUCGGGCUCCGAGGACAAGACCGCCCGUCUGUGGGACCUGCGCAGCGACCAGCAGGUGUGCGAGUACAAGCCGCCCACCGCUAACUCCGGCUUCACCUGCUGCGGAAUGAGCAAGUCCGGGAGGUACAUCAUCUGCGGCUCGGAUGACAACACCAUUCACGUGUGGGACUCCAUGAAGGGGACUCACGCAGGAUCCUUGCAAGGCCACGAGAACAGGAUCACAUCCCUGGCCGUGGCUGAGAGCGGCAUCGCCUUCGCCACCUCUUCGUGGGACAUGUCGGUGCGGGUGUGGGCCCUCUGAGCGCCUCGCCGAAAAAACAACAACAACAAAAAAAUCGUCGGCCCGGUUUCCCUUUUCCGCCGUCGUCUCUUGCGCUGUUCUUCUCGUUCUUCUCUUCCUCCUCCUCCAUUCCCUUCUUCGUUAUGUUUUGUUGUUGAUUGUCUCUUCGUCUCCUUAUAUUCUUUAUUUAAUGAUUGAUGAAUCCGUUUGUUUAUAUUUGUUUAUCCAUUUUUUUGUUCACUCUUCGAUGUCCUUUUCUUCUCUGUUCUGACUUUUAUCCCGUCGACUCUCGGAGACUGAAGACGAAAUGGAAGAAGAGAGAAGAAGAAAAAUAAAACAACAAAAAAGGCGAAGCGGAAUAAUUUAAUAACGCUUAAAACAAGAGAAAAAAGGAACUCCAUUUUCCUUCCUUCCUUUCUCGUCGAGUUUCUUAAGCAGACAAAAGAGUCAAAUAGACCUUCUUAUCUUAUCACCAAACAACUCUUCGACUAAUUUCUUCUUUUAGUUAGAAUGACAAGCUUAUCUCUUCUCAAAUGUAAUAUUGAAGUAAAACAGAGAAGAAGUGUCACAGAGAAGUCUUUCCUCGGAGUCUUUCCUCGAAAAAAGGCAAAAAUCUGCCACUUUUAACAUUAUGAAGAGGUUAUGACGUCACAUCAGUUCGAUGACGUUAUAUUGCAAUAAUGACGUCACUAGAACCGGAAGAAAGGAUCCAAGACUGUAACUAUAAAGAGAUGAAACUCUUGAAUGAUGUAAAACAAUAGAAAAAGAAUCACAUUUAACUUGCUCUCACUUGUUUUCGCGUAUUUACCUGACUAUCAUCUUUUCGGUUGGUGUCUUUGUGUUCCGAUCCUAUAUAAACGAUUAGAUAGUAUCAAUAAGGUAGAAUGACUCAUGUUCCUUAUACCCACAUGUUUCUCCGGCCACAGAAUUGUACCUCGUGGCCUGACUGCAAUUAUAACGUGGUCAGCUGAAAUAAAAUCAAGAAAAUGUU